CAAAACAAACUGAGCAUCGUUACUUUUGCUGGCUUCACGUUCAUUUCAGCAGCAGCAGCAGCAGGAGGAGGGACAGUAUAUCGGCUGUCAUCAGUGGAUGAGUGAAGGCAGAUGAAGUGUUGUUGUGGUCCAGGUCUCUCCACCUCCGCAGCAGCAGCAGCAGCAGGAUCUCAAGAUGGUAACAGCGCACACUUCUUCACGUUCAUCGGAAUCUGCCGAGUGGAUUAUUUGUCUGGAUAAGAGACCAGCAGAGCGCUCUGGAGAAGAUGUUGACAUAAUCCUGGCACGUCUGAAAAAUGUGAAGGCCUUCGAGAGAUUCCACCCCAGUUUGCUGCAGCAGAUUUGCAUGUGUGGAUUCUAUGAGUGCUUGGAGAAAGGCAUCACCUUGUAUCGCCAAGGAGACAUUGGCACCAGCUGGUAUGCCGUCUUGUCUGGUUCACUGGAUGUCAAAGUUUCAGAGACAGCAAGUUAUCAGCAUGCUGUUAGUAUAUGCACGCUGGGCACUGGCACGGCGUUUGGGGAGUCAGUCCUGGAUAACACCCCCCGGCAUGCCACCAUUGUCACGCGGGAAUUCUGUGAGCUCCUACGCAUUGAGCAGAGAGAGUUCAGGUCUCUGUGGGAGAAAUAUCAUCAGUGCAUGGCUGGCCUGCUCGCCCCACCAUAUGGUGUGAUGGACAGCGGAUGUAGUGGUGACAGAAUGCCGGACAAAGAGAACAUAAGCAACAACUCAUUUGUUUCAAUCUCCAAACAUCAGAAUAAGAAGUCAUUCAUUGAAAGUCCAGCCAAAUCUCACCUUAAAUGCAUUUCUCAGGUCCCGUCUGAGAAGAUCCUGCGGGCGGGGAAGAUUCUCCGUAACGCCAUCCUCUCCAGGGCACCUCACAUGAUCAGAGACAGGAAGUACCAUUUGAAGACGUACAGGCAGUGUUGCGUGGGGACAGAGUUGGUUGACUGGCAAAUGCAGCAGAGCUCAUGCAUCCACUCUCGUAUUCAGGCUGUAGGCAUGUGGCAGGUGCUGCUGGAAGAAGGUGUUCUCAACCAUGUGGACCAGGAGCUGAGCUUCCAGGACAAGUACCUUUUCUACCGUUUCCUGGAUGACGAGCAGGAGGAUGCUAGUUUACCCGGCGAGGAGGAGAGGAAGGAAAGCCAAGAGGAGCUGCAGGACACCCUGCUUCUCCUCUCACAGAUUGGACCUGACGCCCACAUGAGGAUGAUUCUCAGGAAACAUCCCUCUGAAAGAACAGCAGAUGAUUUGGAGAUCAUUUAUGAAGAGCUGCUCCAUAUAAAGGCCUUAUCUCACCUAUCCACCACUGUAAAGAGAGAACUGGCAGGAGUGCUGAUCUUUGAGUCUCAUGCAAAGGCAGGAACAGUGUUGUUCAGUCAGGGGGAGGAGGGCACAUCAUGGUACAUUAUUUUGAAGGGCUCAGUCAACGUUGUCAUCUAUGGAAAAGGUGUUGUUUGCACUCUUCAUGAGGGAGACGACUUUGGAAAGCUGGCUCUAGUCAACGAUGCCCCCCGAGCUGCCUCCAUUGUCCUGCGAGAGGACAACUGUCACUUCCUGAGAGUCGACAAGGAGGACUUCAAUAGGAUUUUGAGGGACGUGGAGGCCAACACGGUGCGUCUGAAGGAACACGGUCAGGAUGUUCUGGUGUUAGAGAAGAGUCUCGGCAGCAGUCGAACCUCCAGCCAUGGAGCCUCGUCCUCCCAUUACAAAUACAAGGUAAUGUCAGGGACUCCGGAGAAGAUUUUGGAGCACCUCCUUGAAAUGAUGCGAUUGGAUUCUCAAUUCACAGAGUCAGACUCAGCCUUAGAUGACUAUGUGCUCAUGCAUUGUGUCUUCAUCCCAAACAAUCAACUAUGUCCGGUGUUGAUGGCCCACUACCAUGCCCAGGCCUCGCAGGGCUCUGAACAGGAGAAGCUGGACUAUACACUUAACAACAAGCGCAGGGUGAUCCGCCUGGUGAUGCAGUGGGCUGCUGUACAUGGAAGUCACCUGGAGGAGGAGGAUGUCUCUGUGGCUUUCCUAGAGGAGUUUCUCAUGGCGGUAUCUAAUGAUGCCAAAGCAAUUCCAGCCCUCAGGGAUCAACUAACAGAACUGGAGAGAAGUGUUAAGCGAAACACUGAAGAUGCCAGAGUCUCACAGAAAAAGCACAAAGUCCUACUGCGGCAGUUCAGUAUGGGGGAUGAGAAGCUUCAGAAACGUCAGCCCAUCAAGAGUAAUGACGAAAUUCUGCUCAAAGUCUACUGCUGUGACCACACCUACACAACAAUCCGUGUCCCUGUGGCCGCCUCAGUCAGGGAGGUCAUCGGUGCUGUGGCCGACAAGCUGGGGUCGGCGGAGGACCUGCUCCUGGUCAACCUCAGUUCGACAGGAGAGAAAGUCAUUUUCAAGCCCAAUGAUGUUUCAGUGUUCUCCACUCUCAGCAUAAAUGGAAGGCUGUUUGCCUGCCGGAGGGAUCAGUUGGAUUCUUUGACCCCUCUACCUGAGCAGGAGGGUUCCUCUACAGGGCUGUUGGCUGGUUUUGAGUUAAUGAGCUCUAAGGAUGUGGCUUACCACAUGACUUCCUAUGACUGGGAGCUCUUUCACUGUGUACAUGAGCUUGAACUCAUCUACCACACAUUUGGGAGGCAAAACGUCAACAAAACCACGGUGAACUUGGACCUGUUCCUGAGGAGGUUUAAUGAAAUUCAGUUUUGGGUGAUCACAGAGAUGUGUCUGUGUUCUCAGCUUAGCAAGAGGGUGCAGCUUCUAAAGAAGUUCAUCAAGAUUGCGGCCCACUGCAAAGAGUACAGGAAUCUGAACGCCUUCUUUGCUAUCAUUAUGGGACUGAGUAACCCAGCAGUGUGCAGAUUGAGGCAGACCUGGGAGAAACUUCCCAACAAAUUCAAGAAGUUUUAUUCGGAAUUUGAAAACUUCAUGGACCCGUCCAGGAACCACCGGGCGUACCGACUGACAGUUGCCAAGCUGGAGCCUCCCAUCAUUCCCUUCAUGCCACUGCUGAUCAAAGACAUGACAUUCACUCAUGAGGGCAACAAGACGUUUAUCGACUAUUUGGUCAAUUUUGAGAAAAUGCGGAUGAUCGCUAAUACGGUGAAGAUAGUGAGAUACUGUAGGAGCCAACCAUUCAGUCCAGAUUCACCUCUGGCCAGCAAGAACCCAGAAGUUCGGACUUACGUACGUCAACUCAACGUGAUCGACAACCAAAGGACGCUAUCUCAACUUUCUCAUGGACUUGAGCCCCGCAGGUCUUAAACCACUCAGGGACAGAAAUGUUACACUCUGAUGCUGCUUCACUUCAUGACAUGCGCUUGCAUUGGGAUGAAUUUACUCCAACACAGGCAAUCACAUGGAGGGCCUAAUGACGUAUCUGAUAAUGAGAUAUUGUUUCAGAUGCAUGACUUGUUAAGCCUUUUAUUACAGUAAUUUGUGAUACUUUAACAGCAGUAAUUGUUGGUGGGUGAAGUACCUCUCAUAUCUCUGUGCUGUACCAUCAUUUCCAAGUCAAACAAGAGCGACAAUUUAAGGAAUUAACAAUUUUUUGGGGGUAUCUCAUUUAUCAGAUUAACAUUUCAGAUGUAAACACUAUGUGAUGCUGAUGCUUUAAAAAUGCAAAGUCUUGAUAUUCCUGAUAUUCAGUUGUUUCUUAUCUUUUGUAUCAAACUAUAUUUAUACAUAUUUAAGUUUGUGAAAAUCUUAUGUUGUAAACUGUAUACACAUAUUUAUUUUGACAUCAGCAUGCAAAGAGUUGUUAUGAUUGUUUGCCUUUUCUUCAUGUGAGCAUUUUUUCUCUUUGGAGAUACAGUAAAUGUCUGAAAACCUUUUGUGUGCUGAAAAUAUUAAAUAUUUUAGAUGUA